AUGACAGCUCUAACCAACUACUUCAUGAAGAAGUACGAACGAACCAAGUAUAGACUGGAGGUCAUCGAGAGGAGGUACAAGCUCUUCUCCUGCGGUGUCCCAAUGGUACUUCUCAUGUCCUUAACCAUAAGCAUAGGUACCUUCCUAAUAGAUCUGCAAUACAAAAUUAGGAACACCAGACAACAAAAUAUAAACAUGCGAGAAAACAAACUCAUGGAGGAAAAGAACAAGCUGCUGAAAAUCCUCAGAGAUUACGACUGCGUCAAUUACGAAAAUGUAAAAUGCAUCUCCUUCUCUUCGUCCAAUUUCUCCCCCCACCCUUUGCCAUCCCGGAAAAAUUGUAAAGUUAUAAACACAUCAGAGGGGGAAGGCCCCGAGCACAACCAGGACAAAGGUCAGUCUGAGCUAAGCCACUUAAUCGGAAAUGUAUAUAUUGGAAAAGUAUUACGUGUGGGGGGCACACAUACAGAAAUAGUCGCAGCGAACUCAGUAUUGGGCAAAGACAUUAUUGGUAUAUUCACCCUCAAGUGCAGAGUUAUCAAGGACACCAUUAUAACGCCUUACCAUGACAUUGUUGAGUAUCCUUGCAGUCACAUGAAAAAGGAUCAUGCAGUGUGCGCAGCCCUCCGCUCCUUUUACGAAGCUCACAUUUGCAUGAGUACCCUGAGUUGCUCAAACAAGCUGCAGUACGUUGCCAUUUUUGCGGAGGAUAUUUUUCAAGUGCUCCCAUUUUUGAAGCUUCUGAUGAGGCGGAAAUUCCUCAUAGAGGUGUUUUUGUCCAGCACGCCGAGCGGGAAAGCGAGUGGAGAAUCGAAUGAAAAAGCGGGUGGAGAAUCGAAUGCGGAAGCGAAUGAAGAACCGAGUGGACCGACAACCCCAACAGAGGCCCUGCUGGAACAAUUCCACAUCACCAGUGAGAUCAUGCAACAACGGGUUUCCAUACGGACCCAAGACACAAACGUCCAACAACACAUGCAAGACGUAACGAACGGACUUGGAGUAAAAACCAUCGUCGUGUUCCCACACGCCAACAGUGACAUCAGCGUUUUAAAGAGAAACAUUUUCACAGUAAGUGCGUUAAAUGCUAAUAUAAUAUGCAUGGCACACUUGGAUUAUUUAAAUCCACACGAAUGUAAAUUGUUACAAGACAAAGGCAUAACCCUCCAUUUUUUUAACCUGACCAAUUAUCUAAAUUAUGAUUAUUUCAAAGUGGCCGAUGCAUUUAAUUACGUGUUAUUAUCCUUCCUAAACGGAGAUGUGGCCAUUCCAUCGGUGCCCAUAACGACCAAGUCCUUUUCCAGCAUCGAGGAAAUACUGGCAAGUGGUGACGCCGCCCCACACGAUAAACGUUACAACAUUUACGUUAACAGGAAUAUCCAAUGA